AUGCUCAUCUCCUUUAAAGCUAAUGAUAUUGAAAAGGCAGUUCAGUCCCUGGACAAGAAUGGGGUGGAUCUCCUCAUGAAGUAUAUUUAUAAAGACUUUGAGAUCCCCUUUGACAAUAGCAACACUGUGUUAUUGCAGUGGCAUGAAAAGGCACUUGCUGCUGGAGGAGUGGGGUCCAUCGUUCGCGUGUUGACUGCCCAGAGAACCGUGUAG